GAGGGGUGAGGGGCAGGGUGGCUCCAGGGGCAGGGCCUGCGGGAAGCUCGGGCUCUUGGCUGCAGGAGCCGCCGCCACCGCCUCCUCCGGGAUCGGGUGUGUCUCCGGCCGGAGCUCGGUCCCCCAUCUCCCCAGCGCUGAGCCGCACCAGCAGCAGGUGUCAAACCCAGGAAGCCAUGGAGCCACAGAACAUUGGUCCAAGUACAUCUCCAGAACAGAACCUCAUGGAAGGUUCCAAUAAAUCCAGAAUGGAUUUUGAGAACUCAGAGUUAAUCUUUGUGAAUCAGGCCACUGUGGAAAAACUGGCAGGAGGACUGAUCUCUCACUAUCUUCCUGAUCUACAGCAAUCAAAAACUGCCCUCCAGGAAUUGACACAGAAUCAAGUGAUCUUAUUAGAUACGCUGGAGCAAGAGAUUGCUAAGUUCCGGGAGUGUCACUUAGUGCUGGAUAUCAACAUGCUUUUCACAGAAGCAAAAUGUUAUUACAAUAAGCUUGUUAACAUUCGAAAGGAAAUGAUAACACUGCAUGAAAAGACAACCAAACUAAAGAGACGAGCUUUAAAGCUUCAGCAACAGAGACGGAAAGAUGAGUUUGAGCAGGAACAACGGAGAGAAAAGGAACUUGAGCGGGAAAGACAACUCAUUGCUCAGCCAGCAAAGCUCUCUUAGCCCAAUCAUUGUCAAAAGGCUUCACCUGGAGCACACAACAGCAAGCUCGCUGUUCUUCUUUUACUGGCUUGGAAAUUAUGACAAAUAAAUAAAUCUUUUGUUUAUAUCUGUAUUGUGAUUAAUUCAAAAUACAGAUUGUAAAGUUUCUGGAGCCUGGAGGUUUACAAUGAGAUAUAAUUGCAUCUCCCAACUAACCUUUUAAUAUAAUUUUGUUCUAAUCUGUCUUCCUGUCCUGUGAUAUGAAAUUGCCUUUUCAGAUUAUUUGAGCAUUAAUAAAGUCCUGUCACAUGACACGAGAAAUGCGUUGCUGCAGGCUAUAUAUUUUCUUAAAUAGUGUGACUCCUGAUAUUACUGUUAUUGACAGAUGACUCUGACGGGAAAUCUUCCCUCACUUUCUAAGCUGAUGUGAGGCUUCAGUUCUUGAAGGAACUGGAAUUGGAAGCUUGGGCAAAUCUGCUGUUUUUGUGUGGACUGAAAGUUGCAAUUUUUGGAUGAACUUAUUUGCAAUUUCUCAGGAUAUCAGUGUGGUCUUUCAGGAACUGCUGUGCAAGCUGAGUGUGUUUAAAAUUUUUAAAAAUGUUUUAGCAAUCUGUUGAAGUGUUUUUCCUUGAAGGUUUUUCUCCUUUGUUAACAUCAAUUGUAUCUGGAUUGUUUGCUGAGAGAUUCAAUGAAUACAGUUAGAUUCAGCACACUGGAAGAUUUUUGGUUUAGGAUUCAGUGAAAUAGUAUGAGCUGUGGGUGGGUGAGGGCUAUAUGAGCAACUAAUUAGAGAGAUUGUUUCAUAUUAAGGUAUGUACUCUGUCAGAACUUCCCUGCAAACUAAUAAAAUUGCAACUGAUCACACCA